AUGGCCUCCGCAUAUACUAUGAGCUUUUCUCCCCCGAUGCAGAUCACAACCAAACCAAGCAGUCCUAUCAAAAGCGGUGCAAACAUCAAGAUUACCGCAAAGCUGGCUGUCGCUGACCCAGCUGGGAGUUACAUGGCGCAUGCAGACGCUCUGGACGCGAGCGGUCAAGAGGUUAAAGGCAUCCUUAGAGGACAACUAGCUGCCUCAUGGGCUCCAAUGAACGGUGGCAAUGCAGCCGAGAUCAUUGAGUUCAAAUUUGACCGAAUGAACAUAUCUGAACCCGGCUCGUACCAGAUCCGUAUUCAGGCCUACAAGCAAGUCACUGGUGGCAUCAAUCAACUCACCAAAACUACGAUCCCGGUCGAAGUAACUAAUUAG